CUUCCGGUUGCUUUGUGAACACACCGCUCCUCCGCUCAGGCUCCUGUCUUCAUGCUGUUUUCCGUUCCUCGCCUCGGCUGUCCUGGGAGGCUCCGGCCUGGUGUCCGAAGGGCCCCCAGUCACUGAGAACCGGUAGAGAAAUGUGUCCGCCGUGUGCGGAAGAGGCGAGAGACACCAGUAUUAAAAACACAGAUAAACCAUCAUGAUUCCCAUCACAGAGCUUCGGUACUUUGCUGACACCCAGCCAACAUAUCGCAUCCUGAAGCCAUGGUGGGACGUGUUCACCGACUACAUCUCAAUCAUCAUGCUGAUGAUUGCGGUGUUCGGUGGGACGCUGCAGGUCACGCAGGACAAAAUGAUCUGCCUGCCCUGCAAGUGGAUCCUCAACGACACUUGCGACGCCAUGCCAAACGCCACGGGCCCCUACCGUCCAGAACCCAAGGGCAUUCAGUAUGACCUGGACCGACAUCAGUACAACUAUGUCGACGCUGUCUGCUACGAGAACAAACUGCACUGGUUUGCUAAAUACUUCCCCUAUCUGGUGCUGCUCCACACUCUCAUCUUCCUGGCCUGCAGCAACUUCUGGUUCAAAUUCCCACGCACCAGUUCCAAACUGGAGCACUUUGUCUCGAUCCUCCUCAAGUGCUUCGACUCGCCAUGGACAACGAGAGCUUUGUCAGAGACUGUGGUGGAGGAGAGCGACCCCAAACCUGUGGGGAAAAUGAACGGCUCCAUGGACAAAAAAGCCUCGAGCGUGAGCGAGGACGUGGAGGCCAGUGUGCCCAUGCUCCAGCGAACAAAGUCCAGAAUCGAACAAGGAAUCGUCGAUCGCUCUGAAACCGGGGUCUUGGACAAAAAGGAAGGGGAGCAAGCCAAAGCGCUUUUUGAGAAGGUGAAGAAGUUCAGGAUUCAUGUCGAGGAAGGCGACAUAGUCUACCGCCUUUACAUUCGUCAGACUAUCAUUAAAGUGAUCAAGUUCAUAGUGAUAAUAAGCUACACGGGUUAUUAUGUAGGACAGAUCCGCUUCAGCGUGGUGUGCUCGGUAAACAUCGAGAAACUCACAGGAUACCGCCUGUUUUAUUGCGCCCACCCAUUAGCUACUCUUUUCAAGAUCCUGGCCUGUUUCUACAUCAGCUUGGUGGUGGUUUACGGUCUCAUCUGCAUGUACACGCUUUGUUGGAUGGUGAGACGCUCCCUCAAACGGUACUCCUUCGAGUCCAUUCGUGAGGAGAGCAGUUAUAGCGACAUCCCUGACCUCAAGAAUGACUUUGCCUUUAUGCUACACAUGAUUGACCAGUAUGACCCUCUGUACUCGAAGCGCUUCGCCGUGUUCCUGUCGGAGGUAAGCGAGAACAAGCUGAGGCAGCUGAACCUCAACAACGAGUGGACGUUAGAGAAGCUGAGGCAGCGGAUCACAAAGAACUCCCAGGACAAACUGGAGCUGCACCUCUUCAUGCUCAGCGGGAUCCCAGACACGGUGUUCGAUCUGGUCGAGCUGGAGGUGCUGAAGUUGGAGCUGAUCCCGGAUGUGACUAUACCCCCCAUCAUCGCCCAGCUCUCCAACCUGAGGGAGAUGUGGCUGUACCACACUCCAGCUAAAAUCGAAGCUCCGGCGUUGGCCUUCCUAAGGGAGAACCUGAAGUCCCUGCACAUCAAGUUCACAGACAUCAAGGAAAUUCCUUUGUGGAUCUACAGCCUGAAGAACCUCAGCGAGCUGCACCUGACUGGUAACCUGAGCGCUGAGAACAAUCGAUUUAUUGUGAUCGAUGGGCUCAGAGAGCUCAAAAGUCUGAAGGUGCUGCGCCUGAAAAGCAACCUGACCAAGCUGCCUCAGGUGGUGACGGACGUUGGCGUGCAUCUUCAGAAGCUCUCCAUCAACAAUGAGGGCACCAAGCUGAUGGUGCUCAACAGCCUUAAGAAGAUGGUCAACCUGACAGAACUGGAGCUCAUUCGGUGCGACCUGGAGCGCAUCCCCCACUCCAUCUUCAGCUUGCACAACCUGCAGGAGAUCGACCUCAAAGACAAUAACCUGAAGACCAUCGAGGAGAUCAUCAGCUUUCAGCACCUGCACCGCCUCGUGUGCCUAAAGCUCUGGUACAACCAGAUCGCCUACAUCCCCAUCCAGAUCGGAACCCUCACCAACCUGGAGAGGCUCUAUCUGAACAGGAACAAGAUCGAGAAGAUCCCCAGCCAGCUUUUCUUCUGUCGCAAGCUGCGCUUCCUGGAUCUGAGUCACAACAACCUGACCAGCAUCCACCCAGACGUAGGCUUCCUCCAGAACCUGCAGUAUUUCGCCGUCACAGCUAACAGGAUUGAGACUUUGCCCCCUGAGCUGUUUCAGUGCAAGAAACUUCGCACUCUGAAUCUAGGGAACAACUGCUUGCAGACGUUGCCGUCGCGCUUCGGGGAACUGACCGGGCUGACCCAGCUGGAGCUGAGGGGGAACCGCCUCGAGUGCCUCCCGGUAGAGCUUGGCGAGUGCCAGCUGCUGAAGAAAAGCAGCCUGGUGGUGGAGGAGGACCUGUUCAACACGCUGCCAACGGAAGUCAAGGAGCAUCUGUGGAGGGCUGAUAAGGAGCAAGUUUGAGCCAAAAUAAAUAAUGUUGACAGGAAAUCACAGUCAGAUAUACAAGAGACUUGUUGAAUCUUGGACAAAACCUUAAGAAGGAUGCAGCUGCAAAGGUAAAAAGAAGAAAGUUGAACAUCUACACAUGAUUUAUGAGGAAUCUUUUUCCAGGUUACAAAGCUGCAGAGUUGCUGUUAAAUAUGCAUGCCAUAGUAGGAUCAAUCUUAAAUGAUACUUGUUCAUUGGACUUAAACAACUGUCAGUCAGCUAAAUGUGCUCCUCUUGAUAAAUUGAGAGAGAGCAGGACAGUUGUACAAAGGGCCACUUUGAACACUGAAUCUGCUCACCACACUUCUAGACUCCAUAUAUUGGAGGAACUUUUAUUUUUCCAGUUAUGCACAACGUGGCUCAUCGCAUCCGCAGAUGUUAUCAAGCCAUUUUAUCCUCAAUGGUUUCUUUUUCCUUUACGCUCUUUUUUUCUUAGAGUGAAAUUUUUUUUAUGGGCACAAAAGGACUAUGAUCACAAACAAAUCAUCACACAGGUAAUCUCACAGCUCCGGCCUUAACCCUGUGACAACUGAUGGGACAUGUUGCAAAGAAAUAAGAUAAGAAACAAAUGAAACGUAAAAACUCGUUAGCUGUAAAUUUAAGCCUGAUGCGGGCUGUAACCCAAACAGAAAGCUCCACUAGUAUUCCAUGGCUCAGUUUAUGCAGAUUUCAUAUGAUACUUGUGAUUUAUGGGAUUCAGAGACACGAUUUGAGCAAAUGAGGCUGACCCUGACUGAACAUUUCCUGUUCACGUCCUGAACACACACACACAGAUUAACUUAGGUGACCUUUGUUCAUUUUCAGAGCAUAUUUUAUUUCCAAGUCUAAAAUGUAACUAUACUCUUAGUCACAUGUUUUUACCAACAGUUCAGCAUGUUUUUCAGAUUUAAAUAUAGCAUGCAAAGAAAAGCCCCUCACACAUUUCUUUUUUGUUUUUUGUCACCUUAUUGAGUAAGAUCAUCAAUCAAAUCCUUCAUAUAACCAAUAUAAACCAAAAAUAACAAAACACAGUUUUUAAAUGUUGAUUUGUUGAUUUCUAAGGGGAAAAAGCUGUCCAAACAAAUGUGGAGGUUGUAUCAAAGUAUAAAUAACACAUUUUUAAAUAAUGUCAAACACCAUCCUUUAAAUAGAACCCACCUAACAAUAUGAAGUAGGCUAAAUGAUUGGAAAAAAGGCAACAUGAAAAUAAAAGUGAGAAACAAAGACGGUUACAACUAUUUAAAAGGGUUUCAAAUAUUUCCCUAAGGCUUUUAGACUUCAGCAAAAUACAGCGAGAACAAUUAUCCACAAAUGGAGAAAAUGCAGAGCGUUUUUUGUGGAGUUGACUUGCCUACCAAAAUUACUCGAAGACAACAUUGAACACGUAUUAAAGUAAAAGCAAAGCACUGAGGGACUGUGUUACAGUUAGGGGGGGAUUUUUCACAGGAUCAGGUUUUGGAUUGCAUUUUCCCUUUUAAAAAAAAAAAAUAAUUUUGUUAUCUUAGUUGAAUAAAUAAAUGUUUGUUGAUCUGAAAAAUCAAUAUGUGACAAACAAAGGUCAGAUCUUAAAGAGGAAAGCUGAUCAUGCUAAUCAUUAAGCGAAUUUAUUAACAGACAUUUCAAAUUGAGGGAUCUUUGAAAGUUAUUUACAGAAGAGGUAGCCUGAAAGAGAGGGGAAUGUCUGCGGUGCUGCUUCCAUCCAGACUUUUACUGUACAGUCAUCAUGCUCGGGUUGCUCUGUGGAAAGGAGGAGACAUUUGUCAUUAACGUGUUUACUCACUCAAGGGGCAGUGGAGGACAAAUAGGAAAUUGCAAAACAAAGGGAACCGGUUUUGCUUCAGAUUCCAAAAGGGAAGCGUUUUAUCUUCUUUUUUGGCUAAGAUUGUCGGGUUUCUAUGUCCACCAUUUACACUCCAAACCAGUGCUGCAUGUUUAUUGGCUUGAAACACUUUUCUUGUUUAGACGUUAAUAGUUAAUAGCAUCAGAUGGAGCAAAUGUCUACUCCUGCCAAAUGUCCCUUAAUGCUAAUGUAGCCUUAGCUUUUUGAUGUUUUCUGUUUAUUGGCUAUAUCCUGUUAAUGAUCGCAGACAUCAUCAGGUUUUUUUUCUCUUGUGCUUUAAAUAUCUUAUGCUCUUUGAUUCUUUACCAAUGGUUCCUUUUAUUUUAAUUUUAUCGGUAAAGUGUGAAAUGGGCACAAGAUUCUUCCGAAUUGAGACCUCGAGUAAAACUAAAUUAUGUCACAUCCUAAUUUAUUAUAUUUAUAACGCAAAAUCAUCACUUAAUACUAAAGCAUGUUAAAUAUAUUGUUAUUGAUAGCAGCAUAUUUUUUUUAUUUUCAUAUAAGGUUGUCGCCGCCUUUCAGUCAGCUGAUUGGCAGAGCCUAUUAACGUGGUGGAGGGGAGCAAUGCAUUGCUCUAUGCUUUAUACAGUUUGAAAAGAUUCAGCUUUUUUAAAACCUUGAUUCCAGCGGCUCAAAACCGAGCGGGAAACAGUUAGAGAUUGCUAGCAUAUUUUCUGCUUAAACUACGUUCUUGUGAUUUCCUUUAAAUUUUUAUUUUAAAAUAACUUUUAAGUGUUUU